AUGUCGUCAGCAAGACAGGUUGGCAGCAGUGUCGCCCAGCUAGUGUCGGCAGCCACAACGAAGGACGAGCAACACAUCGGUGCGUCGGCUGUGGAAGCUGCUCAGAGUCUUCGAGCUUUCACUGAAGCAGUACAAGAGGUUGUUUCAACAAGGACAGAUAUCCACCUUGACACUUUCGUCGUCUCAUCCCGAUCAGUCGUCCACGAUUCUGGUAGGGUGUUCGAUCAUGUACGCGAACAAGCGCCACCAAAUGUGCUUGCUGAUGCAGCCAAGCAGGUAUCGGUGAGCCUGCGGCAAGUGAUCGCAUGUCUCCCCGACAAUCAAGCCAUCGAGAAGGCAAUCACGCAAAUCCGCACCAUCGGCGUCUCGUCCACCGUCCGCGAACCAGACGUUCGCACCGCGGCCUCGCGACUGGUCGACGCGACGUCGCAGUUGAUAAUUUCCGUGCGACAACCGAAUAAUCAAGAAGCUGUGAAUGCUUUCGUAUCGACUUAUACCGACUUCCAUACAUCAGUGAUUGCGUCCAUAAAGAAUCUCCCGGACAUGGAUGCACGUCGUCAAACUGUCGAUCAACUAGAAAUGGCCAGGGAGGAGUCGGUGACAUUGCUGUCCUAUGUGAGCGCUGCAUCAAGCGAUAUCACCCAAACGAACACUCUGUCGCACUCAUCGCGUAAGCUGAUCGAAACGGUGAACGAAAUUGUCGAGCAGGUCAGCGUCGAACAGCCAUGGCAACGUGAAUGCGAUGCAGCACUCAGACAGAUACAGGGAAUUCGUCACCUGACCGAACACGCUAACGUUCCGGUCAAUACGAAUACCUAUUUCGGAUGUCUGGACACAAUGACCGAGCAAUCACGACAUCUUGGCGAAUCCAUGACGGGUAUUGCCCGAAAUGCCAAAGCAAUGGACACACGAGCACUCUGCAUUAACGUCAGACAAUCGGCUGACGCUGUGUGCUCGCUAGCUGAAUCGGCAUCACAGGCUGCCUAUCUCAUUGGAAUUGCUCACCCGAAGAGUGUACGUGGUGAGACGGCGAUCAUCGAUGCGAAUCGUGUACGGCGUAGUGGAUUGCUCGUCCGUCAGGUCUGCGAACGUAUUGAGCAGCAGAACUACACUCAAGAGCAGAUUAUCGAUGUGAGUGGCAUUUUAUUGGUUGCUUUGGUGCUACCCCGACCCCACAUACGGCACCAUACCCUUACCCAUUCCGCUACCGGAGCCCCACACGCCGUUUCCCAACGUCUUGAAGGCGCGUUUACUUCAGUUGAUGAGCUUUUUGGGAUUGGAUCCUCCGAGGCGUAUAUAGACCAAAUCGGAAAGAAUGUUUACCUUCAUUCGUUUCAGGACGCAACGGUGGUCGCAAAACAUACGUCGAACCUGGCCAACAUGUGCCGCGAAGCUUCUGAGAAGUCACAGAACGUGAAUGUCAAGAAGGAAUUCAUCAACUGUGCUGGAAAAGUUGCUGCUGGUACAGCCAAGUUGAUUACUGCCGUCAAAGAACUCGACAGCCGACCGAGUAGCGAAACUCGGGAAACUUGCACUUCCGCAGCCCAAUCACUUCGUUCGGCCACUGAACAACUCGAGAGUUAUGUGGAUAAUCCAGAUUUUGCUGGUGUACCGGCUAGAAUCAGCCCUUCGGGUCGUGAUGCUCAGAUUCCUGUACUCAGAUCGACCAGACAGAUUACGGCGAAAGCGUUGGCGUCAGCACCAAUGGAUGCGCCAACGUGGCAACGUCUUGCUGACAACAGCAAAGAGGUCAGCGAAUCCAUCAAACGAUUGGUGAGCUCAAUUCACGAGGCCGCUCCAGGACAAGCCGAAAUGGAUAAAUGCAUUCGACAACUGGAACAGGUUAGUGGCCCAUUUUGGAUGUGUUGUCAGCGGUGUACCCUAACUGGUACUAUUUAA